UACCGGAUGCGUCCUUUGUCCCGCUGUCCCACUUGACGCUGAGCGGCUGAACAGGAAACUAAACAAUGAACGAGGAUUUGAACGAUCUUACGUGUCAUUCCCAGAGUUUCACUGAUUCAGAGACCUCCUGGAGACUUUUGGUGAACACAUUCCUGCUUCUUGUUGUCUCUCAUUAAUGAGCUGUGGUCGCCUUGGUAACGGUUGCUAACAGCAGGAAGCAUGAAGGCCUUGAUCCUGGUCGGAGGGUACGGGACGCGGCUGCGACCGCUCACCCUGAGCGUCCCCAAACCGCUGGUGGAGUUCUGCAACAAACCCAUCCUGCUGCACCAGGUGGAGGCGCUGGUAAAGGCCGGGGUGGACCAUGUGGUUCUGGCUGUGAGCUACAUGUCAGAGCUGCUGGAGAGAGAGAUGAGAGUCCAGGAGGAGAGGCUUGGGAUUCGUAUCUCUCUGUCUCAUGAGAAGGAGCCUCUGGGGACGGCGGGGCCCCUGGCUUUGGCUCGAGAGCUGCUGAACAUCGACAACGAGCCGUUCUUUGUCCUCAACUCGGACGUCAUCUGUGAUUUCCCCUUCAAAGACAUGCUGCAGUUCCACCGCAACCACGGCAAGGAGGGAACCAUCGUGGUAACGCGUGUGGAGGAGCCCUCUAAAUACGGCGUGGUGGUGUUUGAGUCAGACAGCGGCAUUAUACAUCGGUUCGUUGAGAAACCUCAAGUUUUCGUCUCCAACAAGAUCAAUGCCGGCAUGUACAUCUUCAAUCCCAGCAUGCUCAGCAGGAUCCAGCUGAGACCAACAUCCAUAGAGAAAGAGAUAUUUCCCGUCAUGGCACAAGAGGGACAUCUGUACGCGAUGGAGCUACAGGGAUUCUGGAUGGACAUCGGUCAGCCUAAAGACUUCCUGACAGGGAUGUGCAUGUACCUUCAGUCGCUACGACAACACGCUCCCGAGAGGCUACACACGGGACCUGGUUUCCUAGGCAACGUUCUGGUGGACCCGACCGCGCAGAUUGGGGAGAACUGCACCAUCGGCCCCAAUGUCACCAUCGGUGCUGGCGUGGUUGUGGAGGACGGCGUGAGGAUAAAACGCUGCACGGUACUGAAGGGAGCGCGGGUUCGAUCACACUCCUGGCUGGAGAGCUGCAUCGUGGGGUGGAGCUCCUCUGUUGGCCAGUGGGUUCGUAUGGAGAACGUGACGGUGUUGGGUGAGGAUGUGAUUGUGAACGACGAGCUUUACCUGAACGGUGCCAACGUCCUGCCUCACAAAUCCAUCAACGAAUCGGUCCCAGAGCCACGAAUCAUCAUGUAACAUCGUGUGGAGCAAAAAGAAAAAAAGAAAAAAACCUUUUAUAUGAACUCAACUGAACACCCAAACUGUGCCAGAGAAAGAGAGCGGUGAGAGAGGAGAGGAAAAAAAGAACAAAAUAAUGUUAUUUUUCACUUAUUUUAAUUAGUUUGAACUCGUUUUUAGCCCUGCUUGGCUGCACCGUCCAUCAAUCAGAAAUGAUGAGCCUAUGAUUUGUAAAAAAGCAGCCCGGCCCACCGGACAGGUUUAUAACACUAGUUUCCUGAAUAUGGUGGAUGAUAAAUGUCUCUGCUUUAAUGGAGAAAAGGUGAAGGGUGGGGUUGAUAUACCUGGGCUGGUUGUCUGUCAGAAGGUGGAGGGUCUAAUGUGAAGUGUAUUUAAGGGGAAAGCGGGUUAGAGAGCGCUGCGAACACUGCUGUUUAGAUUCACUAUGCAUUUCCAUUUCCUGGACAGGUGCAGAGUAUCAGUGAACAGGUACUGAAGGAUCAUACUACAUCUGCUGUAGCAGAGACUGUAAUCAGGACGGAUGGCACUGAGAAUAAUGUCCUGAAUUAUUAACCAAAAUGCAGUAUCGGUUACAGUCAAAGCUGCAUUAAUAGAAAACUUGUUGUCCUCUUUUGGGGGGCAGCAGAACAACACAACGCUGUAAACACCUAACACCUUAUAAAGUUGUUAUGGCGAAUGUUUUAGCAAAGAGCUGCUUAUUCACACAUGCAGCUGACACACAGGAACAUCAUCAUCCAACUCAUGUCUGUGUCCACCUGAUGAAUGUAAUUUGAUCCAUUUUUUAUAAAAAGGAAUGAUUAGUUCAGGUUAAAUCAGCUGUAGAGUGGAAGUCUCUAUGCCUCGGUAAACUUUACAUGUUUUUAUGCUCUUUCUGUUUGUCAUAAAAAAUGAUGCCAAACUGGUUACCGCUGUAGCAGGCUUUUUAUAACAAACUGCAGUACUUUUCAGUUUGUUUAGAGAGAUCUGCGUCAGGCUGCAUCUGGAAUAUUCUACUCAAAGUACCAUAACCUCGCCUAUAAAUCUUGGUUUUUGGUGACCUCCAGUGGUUUAACCUCUCACCCUGCGGCAGUGACGUACAGUUUGUCACAAAAUAAGUUGAAUUUAUUUUUCUGAUUCAUACAAAAAGACUCGACUAGUGUGACUAAAAGUGUGAAGUUCUUCCUGAGGCUUGCACCGGAGUUACGGUCAAAUAUUAAUCUUCUGUACGGUGGCCAUUUUAUGACAUUUAUGCACCCAGUUUGAGCUGUACGUUCUCAUCUCAACUAUACAUGAUUUACCUACUGCUAGCAUAUUAACAUGCAGCUAUUAGGUGUUUACAUGCUGAUGUUAUCAUGUGACAUUUAGUAUAUUAGCAUGUCAUUUUAACAUUCAUCUCAAAAUAAGUAUACUGUUGUAAACUGAGCUGUUGAACAAGUUGAAAAUUAGACUUGUUAGUGACAUUAAAUGUCCAAAGAAUCAAAACUCAGAAGGACCACCAAGGUCACUGAGUUUCAUCCUUCAGGGACUUUUAACAUCUGAACCAAAUUUCAUGGUAAUUCUUAGAUGGCUGGUAAGAUAUUCUUUAGACUGACUAAAAUUGUUGAAUUUAACAACAGAUAUUUUGAAUUAGCUGCAUUUGUGAAGUUAAAGGGAAAAGUCUGCUGAACAUUGAUUUCACUCUUCACACUCAAAAGACAACCGCAAAGUAUCCACGUCUCUUGAUUUGUGUUUUCCUUGCACUAAAAGGGUCAUUUAAACAUUUAAAAAGGGGCAAAGUUAAAUCAAUUGACGCCUGCUACUAUGAAAUACAUCGAUAAACGUAUACAGUUGAUGGGCUCUGAAGCUUUCUAUGUUUUUGUCACCUCAGAUGCACAAAUGUGUUGAUGUGUCUUCUACGUGUGACUUGUCGUUACUGACCAUGAACACAUGCAGCAGGUUGAUGUCUGUCUGUCUGUCUGUCCUGAUAAUCGACUAAACUGAUCUCUGAACAGAAUGCAGCGGGUCCAUGUUGUUAUGCAGUUAGUGAUAACCAGUAUUUGAACAUGUUAACUUGGACUGUGUCUGAAUGAAUGAAGUCAAAUCUUGUAAUGAAGUCUUUUUUUAAGAGAAUAAUAUAAUCUACUGACCAUA